GGGGGUGAGGCUUGCUGAGGAAAGGGCAGCUUCGGGCGCGCAGGUGCUGCUCUUUAUCCUUCUGCGCAGCCCGGUGAGAAGGAUGGCGGAUGCGUGUGCCUCUCUCGCAGGUGCGCCGGCGGCGGCACUCCUCCCAGCCGGACCUUCUCGCGGAGGCGCGCGCACGAGUUUUCCGCUCGCCACGCUGCACUCCAUUGCGCCGUGCUGGCCAUCGUGCAGCGUGCACGUUCACUCUGCGGCCCUGGAGCGGGGCCAGGCUCGGUCUCUGGUGCGCCGUGGCUCCUUCUGGGUGGCAUGCGGCGCGGGGGCGCGCCCGGGCACGAAGCGGCGGGAGCGUCCGCAAUGCCGCAGGCCCGCUGCGGGCGGGAGCCCGGCCGCCGGCGCCGCAGGGCGCAGGACAGGGACAAUUUCACGCAGCAGCCCGAGGUGCCCGAGGCGCUGGCGGCGGCGCAGCACAUCGACAGAGCAGCAGCCGAGCAAGGGGUCCUGCCUCUCCGAGGGAGCGCACGCCGGGCGGGAGGCCUAGCGCGCCACCCGCUGGCCUCGCGGCGCGCCGCACCGGGUGUGCAUUGCAGCUUCUCGCGCCAGAGGCGGCGGCGGCGAGAGCGGGAGCAGCCUCAAGCCGCAGGCCGGAUGCCGCCGCCUCGGGCAGCGAGGAGCCGUCGGUUGCGGUUGCGGGAGGGCGUUCGACACCUCUGCGGCGAGAGGAGCGGCACCGGGCGCAGGCACGCGCGGCUGCAUGGGGCAGCGCGACGCGCGCACACACAGGCGGCGUGCCCCAGGGGUCCAGCGCCACGCCCGCGUGCCUGUGUUCUGUUGAUGCGCCGCGUGCGGAGCCGCAUGCGCGGUGCACGCUCGGUGCGGUGGCAUGGCGCAGGCGCAGAGGGGCCGGGCCAUGCAGCCUUCGUGCCAAGACCUGCGCAUGCAGCACAUGGCACUAGCGAUCUGCACGCGGACUCCCAAUCUGGAGCAUGGCGUCUGCGUGCGAGACAGGCGGCGCGCCGCCGUCGAGGCGACGCCCAUGAGCGAACGUGCGCUCGUGGUCUUGGCAUCGUCUCGCGCAAGCGCCACGCACGUGCUCAUGCGCCCGCCCCGCGCCCUGACUUCUUUUGGCGCAGCGUUCUGCCGCACCGUGCGAGAAGGCGCAACAUCCAGCUGCAGCUGCAGUGCCGGGGCUGCGGUACCGCACGCCUAUCCACGCCUGCUCUCACGCUCCCAAGCACGCCGGCGCGCCGCCGUCGCCGUCCAUCGCACGCGGCGCACGCCGUGCUCCCGCUCCAGCACCUCCGACACGCAGCACGCUCGGCGCCCUCGCCGCGCCACUCGCUGCGCUGCAAAUCCCUGCUUCUGGCGCAAGCGGCGGUCUCAGCGCUGCCCCGUCGGCCCCGGGGUCUGGCGCUGCCGGCGGCUCGUGUGAGCGCGUGCGCUCCGCAAGGCUAGUCGCUGGCUGCUCUGCUCGCCGCCGCUCGCCGAGCGCAGAUUGUCUCCGUAGCGCAGCCCUGCCUCGUGGGAGCGUGCGGAGGCGCCUCCGAGCGUGGCGAGACUCUCGCAGCACCUUGCCGCGCCUGCCCGAGCGAUGUGAGCAAGGCAUCCAGGCGCAGCUUGCUCGCCAUCG